AAUAAUAAUAAUAAUAAUAAUAAUAAUAAUAAUAAUAAUAAUAAUAAUAAUAAUAAUAAUAAUAAUAAUAAUAAUAAUAAUAAUAAUAAUAAUAAUAAUAAUAAUAAUAAUAAUAAUAAUAAUAAUAAUAAUAAUAAUAAUAAAAAUAAUAAUAAUAAUAAUAAUAAUAAUAAUAAUAAUAAUAAUAAUAAUAAUAAUAAUAAUAAUAAUAAUAAUAAUAAUAAUAAUAAUAAUAAUAAUAAUAAUAAUAAUAAUAAUAAUAAUAAUAAUAAUAAUAAUAAUAAUAAUAAUAAUAAUAAUAAUAAUAAUAAAAAUAAUAAUAAUAAUAAUAAUAAUAAUAAUAAUAAUAAUAAUAAUAAUAAUAAUAAUAAUAAUAAUAAUAAUAAUAAUAAUAAUAAUAAUAAUAAUAAUAAUAAUAAUAAUAAUAAUAAUAAUAAUAAUAAUAAUAAUAAUAAUAAUAAUAAUAAUAAUAAUAAUAAUAAUAAUAAUAAUAAUAAUAAUAAUAAUAAUAAU